UUUCUUGGCUGCGCACGUUGACAAUGAGUAGCCCGUGUCUGAUUCGUGCGAUGCCCGUCACCCAGACCCAUCUGCGGGAGGUCAAACUCAGCCUGAAGACCAGCAGAGAAACCAUUACAGUCCGACCUACUCCAGUCGCUCGGGAUGUCAGCAGCCGACAGUACAGCACUGUGAAAGAAGCCCCUAUCAGGACCAAUGCCCCAAGCAGCCGGAGCAAAAGCACCCCGCCGACGUACAGGGCCCAGAGCAGGAGGAGUGCAAAAAGCAACGUUACGCAGAAGUGCGACCCUCAGCAUCUUCCGCAAAGAAAUGGCACUUUAAAGGGCAUCCCGUCGAAACCAGCGCCCGUUACUCGAACUCCGGUCAUCUCAACGUCGUCAUCCUCUUCCUCCCUCACCCCCAAGGGGCACCGCCCCUCACCUCUACGAUCCUCGCCCUCAUGCCCCCUCUCCCCGUCCCGGGGCAUGACACGAGCGCGAUGGUUGAGCUACAGCACUUCCAACAUUUGCUUUAACAACUCUGUCCUGGAUGGUCGCUUCAGACAACUACAAGAUGAACGAGAGGCUGUCCAGAAGAAGACCUUUACAAAAUGGGUGAAUUCAAUUCUAGCCAGAGUCAGCUGCCGAAUCUCAGAUCUCUAUCUGGACCUGCGGGAUGGAAGAAUGCUCAUCAGACUACUGGAGGUUCUGUCAGGCGAGAGACUGCCCAAGCCAACCAAAGGCAGAAUGCGGAUUCACUGUCUGGAGAAUGUGGACAAAGCUCUGCAGUUUCUAAAGGAACAGAGGGUUCACUUAGAGAACAUGGGAUCACACGAUAUAGUAGAUGGGAAUCACCGCCUUAUUCUGGGCCUUAUCUGGACCAUCAUCCUUCGCUUCCAGAUUCAAGACAUUGUCGUAGAAACAGGACAAGCUGACAAGACUGGCAGGCAGGAGACCCGCUCGGCCAAAGAUGCUCUGCUCCUCUGGUGUCAGAUGAAGACGGCAGGGUACCCCAAUGUUAACAUUACCAACUUUACCACAAGCUGGAAGGAUGGAAUGGCUUUCAAUGCUCUUAUACACAAACACAGGCCAGAUCUGUUGGACUACAGCAAACUACAGAGGUCCAACCCCACCCACAACCUUCAGCGGGCCUUUAAUGUAGCUGAACAAAAGCUUGGGGUCACCAAGCUUCUUGAUCCAGAGGAUGUGUUUACAGAGAACCCAGAUGAGAAGUCCAUAAUCACAUAUGUGGUGGCAUUUUACCACUACUUCUCCAAGAUGAAAGCUUUGGCAGUCGAGGGCAAGCGAGUUGGAAAGGUGCUGGAUCAGGCCAUUGAAACAGAAAAGAUGAUUGAGAAGUAUGAGUCGCUGUCUUCAGACCUGCUAACAUGGAUUGAGCAAACCAUCAUUGUGCUAAACAACCGCAAGCUGGCUAACUCUCUUACAGGCGUCCAACAGCAACUGCAAGCCUUUAACUCUUACCGCACUGUGGAAAAGCCACCCAAAUUCCAGGAAAAAGGCAACUUGGAAGUACUCUUGUUCACCAUCCAGAGUAGAAUGAGGGCCAACAACCAGAGGGUCUACACACCGAAAGAGGGGGCACUGGUGUCUGAUAUCAAUAGGGCAUGGGAGCGGUUGGAGAAAGCAGAGCACAACCGUGAGCGAGUCCUAAGAGAUGAACUCAUCAGGCAGGAGAAGCUGGAGCAAAUGGCUCGUCGCUUUGACAGGAAGGCGGCCAUGAGAGAGACCUGGCUUCUGGAGAAUCAGAGACUAGUUUCUCAGGACAACUUUGGCUAUGACUUACCAGCAGUGGAGGCAGCUAAGAAGAAACACGAUGCCAUUGAAACUGACAUUGCUGCUUAUGAAGAACGUGUCCAGGCUCUGGUGGCGCUGUCUAAAGAACUGGAAGAAGAGCGAUACCAUGAUGCUAAGCGCAUUGAUGUGAGAAAAGACAACAUACUGAGGCUGUGGGACUAUCUGCAGGAGCUUUUGAAAGCUCGCAGAGGCCGUCUAGAGAAGAACCUCACGCUUCAGAGAAUCUUCCAGGAGAUGCUCUACAUUAUUAGCUGGAUGGAUGAGAUGAAGAGUCGGCUUUUGUCCCCUGACUUUGGGAAACACUUAUUGGAGGUAGAAGACUUGUUACAGAAACAUUCAUUGGUAGAGGCUGAUAUUGCGGUGCAGGCGGAAAGAGUACGAUCGGCCAAUGCAGCUGCCCUUAAAUUUGCCAAUGGGGACAGCUAUAAACCAUGUGACCCACAAGUGAUCCGUGAUCGAGUACAACAUUUGGACCUGUGCUACCAGGAGUUGUGUGCCCUGGCCGCCCAGAGGAAAGCCCGUCUUGAGCAGUCACGACGUCUUUGGAAUUUUUUCUGGGAAAUUGGAGAGCUAGAGAGCUGGAUUCGGGAAAAGGACCACAUCUUCUCUUCUCUCGACUAUGGCAAGGACAUGACCAGUGUGCUGGUCCUGCUUAGCAAACACAGUGCCUUUGAGGAUGAGCUCGAUGCCAGGCGCGACAACCUCAAGCAGGUGAUGGAUGAGGGCGAAAGUAUGAUCCAAGCCAAGCACUUGGGUUCCCCCAAAGUGCAACAGCGCAUGGACGAAGUGCGGAGGCAGUGGCAACAACUGGAGGACCUUGCUGCAUUCCGUAAACAGAAUCUACAAGACACCCAAUGCUUCUUCCAGUUUCAGGGUGAUUCUGAUGAUCUCAAGGCCUGGCUGGUUGAUGCUAUGCGCCAGAUGAGCAGUGACGACAUUGGGCAUGAUGAAUACACUACACAGCGACUGCUCAAGAAACAUCGUGACUUGAGAGAUGAGGCUGCUAAGAAUGGAGCCACCAUCGAUGCUUUGUCUAAACAGGCCAAUGCACUUCCCGAAGAGCUGAGCAACACACCGGAUAUUCAGGGCCGUCUGACAGAUAUCAGAAAUAUGUAUAUUGAGCUUCUGACCCUCUCAGACCUGAGGAAGAAGAAGCUGGAUGACACCAUGGCAUUGUACACUAUAUUUAGUGAGACAGAUGCUUGUGAGCUCUGGAUGAGCCAAAAGGAAACCUGGCUGGUUGGACUAGAGACACCAGAGAAGUUAGAAGAUCUGGAAGUUGUACAGAACAGGUUAAGCAUCCUUGCUCAAGAGAUGGGUAAUAUCCAGGCUAGGGUUGAUGAUGUAAAUAAAGCAACCAAACAACUUGAAGACAGUAGACAUCCACAAACAAAACAAGUAAAAGACUGUCAACUUCGUCUUAAUACAAGGUGGGAAGCUUUUAAAGCAAUGGUGGAAGAUAAGAAGCGUAAAGUGGAUUCAGCCCUCAGUCUUCACAACUAUGAUCUUGAUUGUGAUGAGACACAGUCAUGGAUAAAGGAGAAGACGCGAGUCAUCGAGUCUACGCAAGACCUUGGAAACGACCUGGCUGCAGUGAUAACCAUCCAGAGAAAGCUUUUUGGCAUGGAGCGAGAUCUUGCUGCCAUCCAAGACAAGUUGGACUUUCUGCAUGGCGAAGCCCAGAAGCUUAUCCAGGACCAUCCAGACAAUGCUUCUGAUAUCCUCCGUAGGCAGGCAGAGCUAGACGCUGCCUGGGACACUUUAAAACGCACACUGAAAGACCGUGAAGACUCUCUUGGGGAGGUCAGCAAGCUGCAAACCUUCUUACAGGAUAUGGAUGAUUUUCAGGCCUGGUUGUUCAAGACACAAAAGGCUAUUGCAUCCGAGGACAUGCCCGAUGGUUUACCAGAGGCUGAGCAGUUCCUGAGUCUUCAUGAUGCUGUAAAGGAUGACAUGGAUGGCCAUGAGGAAGACUACCAUCGUGUAAGGGUCACGGGAGCAGCGGUCAUUCAGGGGCAAGAAGAUGAUCCUCAGUACCAGCAGCUUGGACAGAGGCUGGGGGGUCUUGAUAAGGGCUGGGAUGAACUGCACAAGAUGUGGGACAGCCGUAAGAACUUCCUUGAUCAGGGGCUUGGCUUCCAACAGUUUAUGAGGGAUGCCAAACAAGCUGAGGCUAUCUUAAAUAACCAGGAAUACACUCUAGCCCACGUAGACAAACCUGACACCCUAGAUGGUGCAGAGAAGGCCCUGAAGAAGCACGAGGACUUUGUCACCACCAUGAAUGCUAAUGAGGAGAAGAUAUUAAGCACAUUGGAGUCUGGUCAGAGGCUGGUGGACAGUGGAAACCUUUACUCGGGAAGGGUGAAAGACAAGAUGGACUCUAUUGAGGAUAGGUACAACAAGAACAGAGACAAAGCCACAGAAAUCUCAGGGAAACUCAACGACAACAGGGACCUUCAGCAUUUCCUUCAAAACACCCAGGAUCUUACACUGUGGAUAAAUGAGAAGAUGCUGACUGCACAGGAUACAUCAUAUGAUGAGGCUCGUAACCUUCAUAGCAAAUGGCUAAAACACCAGGCCUUCAUGGCAGAGUUAGCAUCCAACAAGAACUGGCUUUUUAACAUUGAUAAGGAGGGACAGGAACUCAUGGAGUCCAAGCCUGAGUUUGAGCCCAUUGUUACGGACCGUCUUGCCAAACUUCAUGAGCUGUGGGAUAAGCUGGAGAGUACCACACAGGAGAAGGCUCGGCUACUGUUUGACGCAAACCGCUCUGAGCUGUUUGACCAGAGCCUGGCUGACCUGAAGAAGUGGUUAGCUGAAUUGCAGCUGCGGCUCCAGGGUGAUGUGGAUGAGGAAGUUAAAGACCUUACCAGUGCCAAUAUUCAACUGAAGAAACAUCAGAACACAGAGAAUCAAAUUCGGGAUCGUGCACGUGAACUAGAGGAACUCCAGGAAGCUGUACAGCAGCAUGGGUCUGUUCGAGAGGACCAGCCUGAGCUUGAAGUUGAGCAUCAAAUUCUCCAGAGGGACUUCCAGAAACUUCUCACACCUCUCGCCCAACGCAAAAGCAAGUUGGAGGCGGCAAAGGGAGUCCACCAGUUCUUUAGAGAUCUUGCAGAUGAGAUACUCUGGGUUAAUGAGAGGUUACCAAUGGCAAUGUCUGAAGACCAUGGGAAUAAUCUUCAGACUGUUCAGCUUCUACUCAAAAAGAACCAGUCCCUACAAAAAGAGAUUGACGGCCACCAACCACGUAUUGAUGAGGUGUUAGAGCGUGGACGGCGAAUGGUGGCAGCAGCAGAGGGUAGUUCAGAGGCAGAGCGCAUGUCAGAAGAAAUGAUGAAACUUCAAGAGGUUUGGGCAAAGCUGCAAGAAGAGAUGGCCAAACGGAGAGCACGGCUCUACGGCUCCAACGAGGCCCAACAGUACUACAACGAUGCAGAUGAGGCUGAGGCCUGGAUUGGGGAACAAGAACUUUACAUGAUUGCUGAGGAGAAAGCCAAGGAUGAGCAGAGUGCUAUGAUCAUGCUAAAGCGACACCUGCUUCUGAAGCAGACUGUAGAUGACUAUGCAUACUACAUCCAGCAGUUGGCAGACCGCGCACAGAAGAUGCUGGCCGAAGACCACCCUGAUGGUGAGGACAUAAUUCGAAGGCAAGGACAGGUUGAUAAGCAGUAUGCAGGGCUGAAGGAGCUAUCAGAGGACCGCAAAAAGAAGCUGGAUCACACGUACCAUCAUUUCCUGCUGAGCCGUGAAGUGGAGGACCUUGAACAUUGGAUCGCAGAACGUGAUGUUGUGGCCUCUUCACAAGAAAUGGGCCAAGACCUUGACCAUGUGAUGAUCCUGCGAGACAAGUUCAGGGAAUUUGCACGGGAGACGGGGACAGUGGGUCAAGAACGUGUAGAUGUUGUAAAUCGGACCAUAGACGAGAUGAUCGAAACCGGCCACAGUGAAGCGGCCACUAUGGCGGAAUGGAAGGAUGGAAUCAAUGAGAGUUGGGCAGAUCUGUUGGAGCUUGUCGACACCCGUGCCCAGCUCCUCACAGCUUCCUAUGACCUGCUAAAGUAUUUUUAUGAUGGGAAGGAGCUGGUUGCUCACAUCCAGGAAAAGAAGAAUGAGCUUCCUGAUGAUCUGGGAGAAGACUUUAGCAAAGCAGAGUCUUUCCACCGCAUGCAUGCUGCAUUUGAGAGGGACAUCAGCUCCCUGGGAAAACAGGUUAAACAGUUUCAGGAGACUGCAGCUCGGCUACAUGCCCAGUAUGCAGGAGAUCAGGCUAAUGCCAUUCGGGACACUGAAAAAGAGGUGGUGGAUGCCUGGAAGGGACUUCUGGAUGCUUGCGAGGGAAGGAGAAAGCGCCUGGAAGAUACAGCAGACAAAUUCCGCUUCUUCACCAUGGUCAGAGACCUGCUUGCUUGGAUGGAAAGCAUCAUUCAACAGAUAGAGACCCAGGAAAAACCAAGAGAUGUAUCCUCUGUGGAGCUUCUGAUGAAGUAUCACCAAGGGAUCCGUGCUGAGAUUGAGACCCGUGGGCCAAAAUUUAAUCAAUGUAUCGAGCUUGGCCAGGCCCUCUUGGAACGCAAGCAUAAGGACUCAGCAGAGAUCAAGGAAAAGCUGAUACAAAUGACAGAGAAGAGAAACGAGAUGAUGCUCAAGUGGGAUGACAGAUGGGAUUGGCUUAGACUUUUGUUGGAGGUAUGUCAGUUUGCCCGGGAUGCGUCUGUGGCGGAGGCCUGGUUGAUAGCUCAGGAACCAUACGUGGUUAGUAGGGAUGUGGGCGAGACGGUGGAUGAGGUUGAAAAACUGCUUAAGAGGCAUGAUGCCUUUGAGAAAUCUACAGCUACGUGGGAGGAGCGUUUCUCAGCAUUGGAACGUCUUACAACAUUGGAGCUGUUGAAAAUUCGAGAGCAACAACAGGAAAUGCAAAAAUACAAACAAGAGGUGGAGAAAGAUAGCAGAAAAGAAGACACAGGAUUUGCAGAGGACUCCUCACAACUCUACACUACAGAAGAACCAUCUAUGUCUGGAAUUGGAGUAAUAGAGCCUAGUUCCUUUGGAGUUGAUGGCACAGCAGGGGAAUCUACUGUACCACUGGUGUCAGAGACACAAGAAAGUGGCUCGCAAGAACUAGACCCUUCUACAUCCAUUCAGGUCACCAAAGAAACAGAAGAGGCUUCCACACUUCCCACUAUAACCUUAGAAGUUCCGCCAGCCCUGCUGGAGGGAACUUUAGCCCGAAAACAUGAGAUGGAGGGACCCAAUAAAAAAGCAUCCAACAGGUCUUGGUACAACCUUUACUGUGUGCUGAAACCUGGACAAAUUUUUGCCUACAAGGAUGCUAAGAGCUUUAGUCAUGAUGUUCUCUACCACGAUAAGCCUCAAUUGAGCCUCACUAAUGCUUCAUGCGAGGUGUUGACCAACUACAAGAAAAAGAAGCAUGUUUUUAAACUGCGGCUUGGAGAUGGAAGUGAGUAUCUUUUCCAGUGUAAAGAUGAGGAGGAGGUUCAGAUUUGGACUAAAGCUAUAGAGGAGGCUGUACAACCAAUGACAGAGGAAUCAGUAGCAGGGCCUUCAGGAGGAGUGAAGGCACAAACCCUACCACCACCUUCUUCCACUACUCCUGAGGUCCCAUCUACCAAAAAGGACAAGGAGAAGAGGUUUAGUCUGUUCACUAAGAAGAAAUAAAGAGUCCAAAGAAUCCAGGGAGUACAGAAACCCUGGACAAAUUGAAUUGAACACAUUUAUAACACCAUUGUUUUUACAUUAUAUUCAUUUGUAAGGAUUUAAGCUAUAUGAAAUGUAGAUUACACUGCUGCCUGUAUCUAAGCUAUUGAAGUGUUGCUAAACACAUGUAUUGCUCUUUAUACUUUGUUGUAUUUUCCUAAGCUAGUCACAUACCGGAUUUGAUCAGUAUACAAAUAAAAGCACAGGAACCUGUUCCAAUUCAACCAAAACCUAUUUAUAAGAAGAAGGGAUUGCUUUUUGUCUUGAUUUUUUUACGUGCUAAGCUUCUUCUAGGCAUGCUUCAAUGUGUAUUAUGACUAAACUAUGCCUUGUUUUUCUAGUCUGCUUUACAAAAAUGGUUGCAAAUGUAAUACUGUGCUCUUUGAAUAGGAACGUAUAGGAUUUUUAAAGAGAUUGACAGCAGGAGGUAUUGCAAUCAGAGAGGUUGACACUGUACAGUGUAACAUUAACAUGCAAUAUAUGCAGUAUGUUCAGUGUGGUUUUAGAUUGUCCAAAGUGUUGCAAAAGCUACUUUUCAUUAUGACAACUAUAAUAUAAACAAUAAUAUUAUGAAUAUGUAGUAUUAUUAAUGCUAAUAUAUAAUUAAUAAUGAUACAAUUAUAAAGUACUGUCAUACGGCUAAAGGAUGGUCAAAGUUGGGAUGGCAGAUAGUAGGCUUUUUGGAACCUCAGUAAUGUUGAAUGUUUAUUUCAACGCAUGUUUAUGGGGUAUGGUGCUACAUAAUUAUUUGAAGUUUUACCCUCUCAAAACUCAGGUUUCCCAGUAUGGUUUUUAACAUAUUUUAUACCCUCACACUAGAACAAGGACAACUACUUGAACUAAAAACAUGUAGUCAACAAAACCCAUGUAACAUCAAUAGAUAUAGCAUGGCAUGCAAAUAAUGACAGAAGGUAAUACAAAGGGAAAGGGAAAAGAAAUUUGAAAUUACAAGUAAAACGUCCAACAUAUAUUAAUGCACUGACCGGAAUAGCAUUGCAAUAAACUAUUUAAAAAUUUUGUAUAAUACUUUAUUCAAUAAAAAUAAAUGUCCCAUACAUUUAUGAAAGGCUGUAACAGAAUGGAUUAUUUGAAUGCAUUGCCUAAUCUAAGCUGACUAGUAUUAAAGGGGUCCUGUUACCAAAAUCUUAACAGUAGUUUCCUUCAGCAACUGCAUAUAGUGUGCAUGUUGACGUACAUGAACAAGUAGUUAGGGUUGGGUUUUUGUUUAUGACUGCUAAAAAGAACAAAUCAUGUUAUUCAUGUGUUAUGAGGGUCAUUUUUUUGCCUACUGGAGCUCCAGAUCUCAAUUUUCUUGCUUUAAAAGCACUGCAGUCUAAGUUAAAUUAACUCUUUUAACUUCUGUUGUUCUUGUCUUGUCUCUUUUAUAAAUCUAUGUUCAAUGCAAAAUCACAAUAAGUCGAAGGCAAAGUAUGAAUCAUUUUACGAAUAUGAAAAUCAAUAAACUCUGUUUGAAGUAAA